GCCGAUUGGGAAGGGAGUCAAGGAGGCAGGAGGAGCAAUGCUCUGAAGCAGUCCACCAAACAACACUAUGGCGACGACUCGGUCUCUAGCAUUGGAUAUGAGGACCGGUUUUGUGGUCCUCUUUCUGUGUGCUACUGCUCAGCUUUGUUUUGGCCAGUACGAUUCGUCUGGGGGCGGUAAUAUAACUACGCCAGCCACUGCCACUGAGGGAAACGGUGGUGCAUCUACUGGAACUCCAGCGACCAGUGAGGAACAACAUACAGCUACAGAGGAACAUGACUCUACCCUACUGGACGAGGAGAGAUCCACGGCAGAGAUUAAAACUACGACCACCGGAUCACAGGAGCCUGAUCUUGACACCAUGACCACCAGCGGCCCUGAGGUCAUCCUUGGCGAGCCAGGACUUCGCCAGGUGUACAGCCUUGGGCCAAUAAAUGCUUCCACUGAAUUGCGUCUCGACACUUGUGGAUCACGAGGGCGCAUCAUCGGCGGAUUGUUGUCUACUACUGGGGCGUGGCCGUGGGCUGUGGCGGUGAAGGACAAGUACGGCAGUCACUACUGUGGUGGUGUUCUCAUCUCUUCCCGACACAUCCUCACUGCCGCCCACUGCAUUGAACAUCCUGACCUAGCGGAUCGCCUGCCCCUCAAAGUGACUGUUGGGGACUACGACCUCUCCACGAACGAGGAGUCGGAUUCCAGAACUGAGUGGGUGCACGAGGCGUUCACACACAACCAGUACAACUACCCCACGUUACACAACAAUGACAUCGGAGUGCUGGUGGUGCAGGAUGAAAUAGACGGAGGGAGCGACGUGACCCCUGUUUGUCUCCCUUCAGCACAGUUGGAUCUACCUGUGGGGACUGAACUAUUCAUCGUGGGCUGGGGAGCAACAGUGUACAAAGGUCCAGUGGUCAAUGAACUGCGCCAGGUGAAAUUAACGGUCCUUGACGACUCCCGCUGCUCUGACGUGUACAACGAGUUUAAAGCAGACCGAAUGUAUUGUGUUGGUGACUUAGUAGGAGGCAAGGAUGCUUGUCAGGGUGAUUCCGGUGGACCGCUGCUGUACAGAGAUCACGACGGGAAGUGGUACGUAGUGGGUGUGGUGAGCUUCGGCAGUCAGUGUGGGGUAGCAGAGUACCCCGGUGUGUAUUCCAGCGUGCCCUUCCACCUCGGCCUCAUCAACUGGGCAUUACAGAACUCGUAAAGUUUUACCACUCGUGGAGUUAAUGUAUAAAAUUUCUCGACACUACUUCGAAAUUGAUAAAAUGUUCUCGGUAUUAAUGAACCGCGAAGUUAAAUAAAAGUUCUUGAACCGAG